AAAACAAAAUGGGCGUUGAUGUGCAAACUAUCACUGCUGGGGACGGCAAAACCUUUCCUCAAAAAGGCCAGACUGUUAUUGUUCAUUAUACUGGAACAUUGGUUGAUGGAAAGAAGUUUGAUUCAUCAAGAGAUAGAGGCAGACCAUUUGAGUUCCAAAUUGGAGUUGGUCAAGUUAUCAGGGGCUGGGAUGAGGGCGUAGCAAAAAUGAGUGUCGGGCAGGUUGCUAAGCUAACAUGUACACCUGAUUAUGCAUAUGGCUCGUCUGGAGCUGGUGGAGUUAUCCCACCAAAUUCAACUCUCAUCUUUGAUGUUGAACUCAUUGGAGUGAAGUAAAAGUUAGGCAGUCUGUCUGUCGGCCAGCACAUCUCUGUUUCACUAAUUUGUGUACUGCCAAGACAAAAAAAAGUUUCUUUUAGUGUUUUAUUUGAGUUACUAAUACUACAUAGACAUAAUUCGUUUUUACAUUUAUAAACAUUUUCAUAUCUAUGUUAUUGUGACAGGACAGUGAUAAGAACGUUGAUUUUAGAAUAAUCAAAAUUUUUUGACUGGUUUACUAGUUGGUCUUGAUUGAUUGAUUGAAUUGGUUUUUUGAUUGGUUUAUUUAAAUCUCCUGAUAUCAAAAAUUUUUUUACUUUAUACAAUACAUGAAACUAUUUGACAUAACGUAACGUAAUAUUAUAUUUUCCUUAUUCAAUACUAAACAGCGCUCCUAAAUAGAUAGGUUAUAUAAAUUAACAUUUCCUACUGAACAUUGUAUUAUGGUAUAAAUUUUACUCUUGGUGUUUAGUUCGGUUUCCAAUGCAUUAUGUAUUAUAUUUGAGGUAAUUGUAAUGAUAAUUAGGCUGUUUAUCCAACUGCAUCUCUAACGUUUUUAAUAAAAAUAAUUAAUAUUUUAUCUUUGUUUUA